UGAAGUGAAGAUGUCAGUGAUGGAGGGACAUUCUGUUACUCUACACACUAAUGUUACUGAACUAUACACACAUGAGGAGAUGUACUGGUGGUUUAAAAACAUCCGCAUCGCCAGAAUCAGGAGAUCAGUCAAUAUUAAUCCCACAUAUAAUGAUGAGACUGAGAUAUUCAGAGACAGACUGAAGAUGAACAAUCAGACUGGAGAUCUCACCAUCACAAACAUCAGAGCUGAACACUCUGGACGUUAUAAACUCAACAUUCUUGGGAGAAAUAAGGAGACAGCCAAGACAUUCAGUCUUACUGUUAAUGAAACUGACAAACAUGAAAUCCAUCAACAUGAUGAAGAUGUUCAUACUUCUGAAGGAGGAGAAACAUGUCUGGUUUAUAUAGUUGUGAUCUCUUGUGCUGUUGGAUUUCUGAUGAUUGUAGCUUCACUUCUGAUGUUCUUCAUCUGCAGAAAACACACAAACACACGUCAACAACAACAACAACAACAACAACAAGUUACAGAUCAGACUCGUGAAGACGAGAUCACGUAUGCUGAUCCAACAUUCUACAAACCACAUGCACAGAACAGGAGAGUUCAAGAGGAGGGUGAGGUGGUGUAUGCAGGUGUCGUCACAAGACGCUGAUCAAUCUGUUUGUCAAAUAUAAAGAAUUUUAUGAUCACAUUUACUAUGAUUGUGUUUACUAAUUGUUUGUUUUUUAUUUAGUUUUCUUUGAAUGAGUCUUUUUAUAGAUUAUUGUACUUCUAUUUUAAUUCA